AGGGCCAGCAGAUCACCCUCAGCUGCCAUCCCUAUAAAUAAAGUUCAGGAAGGACUCUGAAUUCUGGACUCCAGGAAAAUCCAUGGCCAUGAGGUUGAUCCUGUUUUUUGGUGCCCUUUUUGGGCAUAUCUACUGUCUAGAAACAUUUGUGGGAAACCAAGUUCUUGAGAUUGUACCAAGCAAUGAAGAACAAAUUAAAAAUCUGCUACAAUUGGAGGCUCAAGAACAUCUCCAGCUUGAUUUUUGGAAAUCACCCACCACCCCAGGGGAGACAGCCCACGUCCGAGUUCCCUUCGUCAGCGUCCAGGCAGUCAAAGUGUUCUUGGAGUCCCAGGGAAUUGCCUAUUCCAUCAUGAUUGAAGAUGUGCAGGUCCUGUUGGACAAAGAGAAUGAAGAAAUGCUUUUUAAUAGGAGAAGAGAACGGAGUGGUAACUUCAAUUUUGGGGCCUACCAUACCCUGGAAGAGAUUUCCCAAGAAAUGGAUAACCUCGUGGCUGAGCACCCUGGUCUAGUGAGCAAAGUGAAUAUUGGCUCUUCUUUUGAGAACCGGCCUAUGAACGUGCUCAAGUUCAGCACCGGAGGAGAUAAGCCAGCUAUCUGGCUGGAUGCUGGGAUCCAUGCUCGAGAGUGGGUUACACAAGCUACGGCACUUUGGACAGCAAAUAAGAUUGCUUCUGAUUAUGGAAAGGACCCAUCCAUCACUUCCAUUCUGGACACCCUGGAUAUCUUCCUCCUGCCAGUCACAAACCCUGAUGGAUACGUGUUCUCUCAAACCAAAAAUCGUAUGUGGCGGAAGACCCGGUCCAAGGUAUCUGGAAGCCUCUGUGUUGGUGUGGAUCCUAACCGGAACUGGGAUGCAGGUUUUGGAGGACCUGGAGCCAGCAGCAACCCUUGUUCUGAUUCAUACCAUGGACCCAGUGCCAACUCUGAAGUUGAAGUGAAAUCCAUAGUGGACUUCAUCAAGAGUCAUGGAAAAGUCAAGGCCUUCAUUACCCUCCACAGCUAUUCCCAGCUGCUGAUGUUCCCCUAUGGGUACAAAUGUACCAAGUUAGAUGACUUUGAUGAGCUGAGUGAAGUGGCCCAAAAGGCUGCCCAAUCACUGACAAGCCUGCAUGGCACCAAGUACAAAGUGGGACCAAUCUGCUCUGUCAUCUACCAAGCCAGUGGAGGAAGCAUUGACUGGUCCUAUGAUUAUGGCAUCAAGUACUCAUUUGCCUUUGAACUGAGAGACACAGGGCGCUACGGUUUCCUCUUGCCAGCCCGCCAGAUCCUGCCCACAGCCGAGGAGACCUGGCUUGGCUUGAAAGCAAUCAUGGAGCAUGUGCGAGACCACCUCUAUUAGGGCCCUGGGGAAGAAACAAGAGCCAUUAAAAUCUCUUUGGUUUGAAGCAAA